CUAAGCCUAUCAGUGUUUCAUUGCGUAUUAUUGCUUCGUCGAAGUUAGAAGUGUAGUUAUGCAUCAAGCGCAAGAUAAAGUGAUUUUAAUAACAGGUGGUGCCGCCGGUAUUGGACGAGAGGUCGUCAGAGCCUUCCUGCAGGAAGGCGCUAAGCACGUAUCAGUAUUAGAUUUAGAUGUAACAAAUGGAACUAAUUUGGAAAAAGAACUGGCCGCAAAACAUGGUGAAAAUAAAAUAAAAUUCUAUAAAUGUGACGUCACCAGCCAAGAUCUUGAUGCAUGUUACGACAGAGUCUUAAAGGAACUGGGCUACAUUGAUGUAGUUAUCAACUGCGCUGGUUUACUAAAUGAUAGUCCAAAGGCGUAUUUGAAGGAGAUUGCUGUUAAUGUUUCUGCUCUGAUAGCCAGUUCCAUGAGAGCAUACGGCCUGAUGCGCAAAGACAAGGGCGGUAAUGGAGGCACAAUUAUUAAUAUUUCAUCUAUAAUGGGCCUCAUGCAGUCUGCUUUUGUACCGAUUUACGCAGCUACAAAAUCCGCUGUUUUGCAAUUUAGCAAUGGACUUGGGAUGGAAAGAAACUACAGUCGCUCCGGCGUGCGGGUGCUGACCAUGUGUUUCGGAUGUACGGACACCAGUUUACUCCAACCUGGCAAAAUGGAAGGUCUUGACAAGGAUCUUGAAGACGAGAUGUUUGCUAUCCUGCGCCAGUUGCCUUCCCAAACGAUUGAUUCAGCAGUACGCGGUUUGCUAGACGCAUAUAAAAACGCCAGCAGCGGCAGUACUUGGCUGGUGACCUCCAACAAACCAGGCAGAGAUAUUACGAAAGAUGUCCAAAACGGCUUUGGUAUUAUGGGUAGAUAUAUAUUGGAAUAAUAAACAGGAAUGUUCGUUUU